GAGCGUACCCUAAUUUUCCUACAAAAUGGCUGCCGAAUAAAGUUUGCGAAAAAGUGUUGUUGAGUAUUUUUCGUAAUUUACAAUGGAGAAAUCAAGUGAAAGUGUUGAAAAAUUACAUCAAUUGAAAUCGGAGAAAUUGUUCUGUGUUCUGAGUAAGAAAGAAGUGCGGAAAUUGUGUUACAAACGAGUAAAAUUUGUGAAGCAAUCGCGCCCAUUUCAUUGCAAUCGUCGUGGUUGCUGUCGAAAAAACAAUUUGAUAUUGAGCACCCAAGGACACAAAAUCGUCUUGAAUAAAAUGCAAAAUAUUAUCUUUUCCAUGCGCACGAUUAGCCACACGACACGAUGGCUUGACUAAGUGGACAAAAUGUGUAGUUUAUGGACAUUGUGUGGAUUGCAUUUCGGAGAAAAUCAAUCCAAUAUAAGUUCUAGGAAACAUCAAGGAAAAAACAUAAUAUCCCCAAAGAAUGGAGAAUAAGUUUAGCAGAAAUUUCAUUGGAUCCACCUUCUGUGGGCCACCACGCUAUCAGCAGCACCGAAACACCUCCACAAUGUGCCUCUUUGGCGGGAACAAUACAACAACAAUGGAUGAAAUGGAGAGUUUGUGGAAGAGGCCAGAAACAACAUCCCCAGAGUCCAUUCUCUUUGACCUCAUUGACACGAAGAAACAGCCCGAAGCAGAGCCAAGGGACAGUCGGAUAACAAUCAUAAAGGCAGCCUGUGUGCCACUCAUAAAUUCAGUGCGGGAAUUCUUUCGUAAAAAUCUACCUGCUCUCACUACUACCCCUACCCCUAAACAAGACUGCUCACCGGACUUUAGCAAUUCGUCGGUGUACAUGGGAUUGGUGACAGCUACCCUUCCACCCCGCAAACUGGAUCACAAACGCAUAGCUGGCGAUUUGGUAGAUCUGAGUAAUUACACUGUGAUCCAUCGGGAAGAAGUUCAGCCCGAAAAGACGGAAAAAUCCGACGAUUUGACUGACAUGUCUCCCCCACGGGAGGCACCCGCCACAAAAGCCACCAAAAGUGACCUCAACUGCACAGAAAUGUGUCGCCCUGAAGCAUCAUCAGCUGGCGUGAGCAAAAGUGAACGGAAAAUGCCCACAAGGCGCCAGAGGGAGAAGAAGACUUGCCAAAAUACUCAAAAAUCCCACAGGGGGAAGCACAUGAAAGAGAAAAUGCGCAAAAAAUUCGCCUGGAACAUUCGGGAGGAUCUCAACAGUGAGGACGACUUCGAAGAUGAAUUCGAGGAUGUCCUAUCGCAAGAGAUCUCCUCAUCCAUCGAAGACUCUGCGAGCUCUCAAUCUCCCCACACUUCCGACUAUGUGUGCGAUUUUAUCGCUUCAAUCCCAUCAUCGGAACCCCGCAAGAUCUCACCAUGUUCAUUUGUAAAGAACCUCCCUGCUGUGCUGCGGAUGGACAUCCCCUUCUCACCACGAAGACGCCAACAAGCUAAAAAGUCUCCGUCUGAAUGCGACAGCGACGACAGCUUCAUCGUCUUUUGCUCCGAAAGCCCCAAAGGAACACCCGAUAGCACAUCCGUCUGUGAACGAAUCACCAAAUUCAGACCCUGCGAUCGGCGUCGGAGGUUGUCUGAGGAGAGCGAUGAUAGCUUUGUCAUCUUCGCCGACGACUGCAAGGACGACACAAACAGUGAGGACGAAGAGACGGCAUCUGAGACAUCUGAAAGUGAUAUCGAGAGCGAACCAAUACAGCUUGAUUCCGGUUUCGAGGAGAGAAAGGUGCGCUUCAACCUUAAACCGGAAGUCCACGUGAUCCGGGCAUGGGAAUUUGCGUAUCGGCAAGCACGGAAGGGCAACUGGGACCAAGUGGCACGCGACAGAGAUCGCUUUGAGAAGCGUAUUCUCAGUUUGGGUCGUGUGUUGAGUCCCAUUUUGGAGCAAAAUCACCGUGAGAAGGUGUACAAUGAACGAUUCCGCGUGGAGGAGUGAUUAGGCAAAAUUUAUCUUAAUCAGUUUUCUUUUUGAUUUCAUCAUCAUUCAAAAUUUUUCUACAAUUAGUUUUGAUUUACUUUUUUUUUGGGGGGGAAACUCAAACAAGGACAGGUGCAACGCAUUGAAGUGUUGGCACAAAAUUAGUGAAGAAAAGUGUGGAAGGAGGAGGUAAAAUCACAAAGAAAGCUAAAGAAAUGGAUAUUAUGUUAUUUCUUAGCGAAAAAUUAACAAUGUUUCCUACAUUUAGACAUUUAAAUUUUAGGUGUAAGUGUAAAUAAAUGUAAGUUUAGGGCUUAUGGGCUUUUUAAUCACACCAAUAUUUUAUUUGUUGUUCAUGCAAGUGGGAAGUUUAAAUAAAGAAUAAUAUAAUUCAAUAAAAAAA